CACACACACACACACACACACACACACACACACACACACACACACACACACAGAAACACACACAAUGACUGAUGCCUUCUCCCUCCUUCUCUUGCAUUUUCUCACCUCUCUCUGCACCACUGAGACUUUUGUGUGUUUGUCCUCCCUGUAUAGCACACGGUGGAACCGGUUCUGCACAGCUCCAGCACAACGUCGUGACGAAAAGUACUAAUAUUGUACUUUUCCUCACGGCGUUGAUAUCCUUUGUCCACAAGGCAUGUUUCCCUUCAAAGUCCAGAGCGUUGAGGGGUGAAGAGAAAUGGUGUCUAAGGGAGGGGAGAUGAGGCAAUGGCAGAUAAAAUGCGACAAGACUGGAGUGAAAUAGAGAUGCAAGUCAAGAGGGAAAUCACUAACUCCAGAGUGAGGAAGAGGGGACGGAGAGGAGGAAUCAAGUUGGAAUCGUGAAAGAAACGUGGGAAAAGUUCUUUUCGUUUGUGACGGCAGCCCUGCGGAGACAAAAGACCAUCAGAGAGAGACAGAGGAAACACAGACUCACUCUGACUGGGAAAGAAAAGAAGAGACUGUAAGGUGGCUUUAUGUCUUAUAUGCCCUCCCUCUUAUUUCAUCUUAACUGGUGAAGGCUAUGAUAAACGACUGAAAGAACUUUUGGAUGCAGAGAUCCUGCCCAUGGCGAAAGAGUUUGACAAAAAGCUAAAUGAUGAAACCGUGUAUGAGGAAAGGUUGCAGACAGCAGCAGACAAUUUCAUCGCAGCUGCCUCCAAACUGCCUAGAGUAUCUGGAUGCUUCCCUCCAUGUGGUUUUCAGAGUGCAGGUGCAGUAUACAACUGUAUUACCUGCCAGUAUGAUUCCUGUGAAUUCCCGCUCGACUGUCCAGUUAAAGAAAUUAAAGCAAUGGAGAACAGCAGGAGCCAAAUGUGGUGUGAAGUGCCAUUUCACUUACCAGACGAUAUGGAGGUGAUCUGGAGGUUUGCAGAAGAGGUGGAAACCCAGCAGGUGGAUCAGUUUAAAGAAGUGACUGCGGGGGUGGACAGGCUUUAUUCCAUCCCUUCAACCAGCUUGCAUCAUCAGGGCACCUACCAGUGUGAGAUCUACUCAGGCCAACGCUCCAUUGUCAGGCUAUACUACUAUCUCACAGUGACCCCCCAGGUUGUGGCAGGACACACAGAGCUGCAGGAGAUAUUCGACCUGUCUCUGCUCCCAGGAGGGCAGUUACUCCCUGCGUCUGGUGGGCCCCCCCGCCCCCACCUCCUCCUCCCCUCGCCACUGCUUCUCACCGCCUGUUUAACUGCUUUGCUUCUGCUGCUGUUCCUCUCCCUAGGAGCUCUUUAUUGGUCAUCAAAACCAGAGAAAACAAGUCAUGCUGAACAAGAAGAUGGAGAUGAAGAUCUGGGAUUUUUGAAAGGUGGGAAGAUACAUGUCGUGCAAUAAAGGCAUUUCAUCAA